GCAUUGAAGUUGUGUAAGGACCGCAAAACAGGAAUCAAACAUCAUUUUCCAAGCGUUUGAGUCAAGGCACUUGACUCUGGGAAACUCUGGGAGCGUGGAGAUGAUGAGGAUGUGGUGUGCGUGUCUUCUCGGUUUGGGUCUGUUUGCUCUCUGUCAAGCUCAGCCCAUGUUCUCCGUCAACACGGAUACAGUUCUGCCUCCGGAUGCUCUUCACAACCCCACCCAGCUGAAUUAUGGGAUGGCGGUGACAGACGUAGAUGGAGACGGGGAUCUGGAGGUGGUGGUGGCCGGGUAUAACGGUCCAAACCUGGUUCUGAAGUAUGACCGCACCCAGAACAAACUAGUGAACAUUGCAGUGGACGAGCGCAGUUCUCCUUACUACGCCCUGAGAGAUCCGCAGGGAAACGCCAUCGGAGUGACGGCCUGCGAUGUGGACGGAGACGGCCGAGAGGAGAUCUACUUCCUCAACACCAACAACGCCUUCUCAGGUCGGGCGACGUACGCAGACAAACUUUUCAAAUUCCGUAACGGUCGUUUCGAGGAUCUGCUCGGUGAUGACAUCAACGUUCAGAGGGGAGUGGCCAAUCGCAUGGCGGGACGCUCCGUAGCUUGUGUUGACAGAAAGGGAACAGGUCGAUAUUCAAUCUACGUGGCGAACUACGCCAGCGGUAACGUGGGGCCGCACGCGCUCAUAGAGAUGGACGAGGCCGCCAGUGAUGUGGAGAAAGGCGUCAUCGCUCUGUCUGAUGUUGCGCCACAAGUCAACGUCAAUAAGUACACAGGUGGCCGUGGUGUCGUUGUCGGUCCAAUCCUCAGCGACGCAAGAUCUGACAUUUUCUGUGACAAUGAGAAUGGACCCAACUUCCUGUUCCAGAACAAGGGUGAUGGAACCUUCAAAGACGUGGCGGCCGAGGCAGGAGUUGAAGACAGAUAUGAGCAUGGCAGAGGUGUGGCGCUGGCCGACUUUAACGGCGACGGAAAGACGGAUAUCGUUUACGGCAACUGGAAUGGCCCACACCGCCUGUACCUGCAGGGCAGCCAGCAGAGAUUCAAGGACGUCGCCACAUGGGCCUUCGCCACGCCGUCACCCGUUCGCACCGUCAUCGCUGCGGACUUCGACAACGAUCUUCAGCUUGAAGUCUUCUUUAAUAACAUUGCUUACAGUGGAAACUCCCCCAACAGAAUCUUCAGGGUGUCGAGGAAGCAGAACUCGGACCCGGACGUCACAGAGCUGGAUGUGGGAGACGCCUCUGAGCCUCAGGGGCGGGGCACAGGUGCCACAGUCACAGACUUUGAUGGCGAUGGUGUGCUGGAUCUGCUGGUGGCUCACGGUGAGAGCGCCUCACAGCCCAUCUCCGUGUUCAAGGUCACCCAGGGCUCCAGCAAUAAGUGGCUGCGUGUGGUUCCUCGCACACGGUUUGGGGCGUUUGCUCGUGGAGCGAAGGUGGUGAUGUUCACGAGACACAGCGGCGCACACACUCGCAUCAUUGACGGAGGCUCGGGGUAUCUGUGCCAGAUGGAGCCCGUGGCUCACUUCGGUUUGGGAACCGAUGAUGCCACCAGCAUUGAAGUCUAUUGGCCGGAUGGUCGCUCCAUGGUUCGGUCACUCGAGACUACUGAUAUGAACACAGUCAUCGAGAUCGCAUAUCCUUAUGAAGGGGAGGAGUCAGCCCUCACUUCUGACGCACAGUGUGGAGAGGGAUUCACAGUGAACACAAGCGGCCGCUGUGCAGACAGUGACAGGCUGAGUGUUUCAACCGGACAGUACGGGAUCAUCAUCACCAUGAUCUCAUUAAAGCAGAUGUCUGAGGACACCACACACACACACACACUCUUCUACUGCUAACACUUGUGCUGUAACUCCAGUACAUUUCUAAGGGAAAAAAAACCUAGUCAGCGCUAACUAA